GCUUAGCCAACGAAGUCGCAGAGCGGAGAAAUAUCGCAGAGAAUCAGAGUUCAAGUGGGAGGGAGAGAUAUAUAGAAUAUCCCCUCUCUGUCGCACUCAAUUCGAGCUGGGCUUUUAACCAAACUCCAACACGAAUUUGAAUUUAAAAUUGGACACAUACGAAAAGCGAUGUCAUAAUGGAGCCAAUGACCAUGCUGGUGUUGGCCUUCCAGCUGCUGGCGCUCUUCUCAAUCGCCGGUGCGCUGCUUAUCUACUUGAUCUGCAAGGUGCGGGAGGAUAGCGCCUCAGCCAGUGCGGAUUCCCAACCCAGUCGGGUUGUCCUGGUCACCAGUGCGGAUACCGCUUUGGGCCUCCAACUGUGCACCCAUUUGGCCAACAAGGGAUGCCGGGUUUUCGCUGGAAUGAAGGAGGCUCACGAUUCGCUACCCGCCAAACUCCUCUGCGGCUGGAUGAAGAUCAGGGAGUACAGUGAGGAACCCAUUGCGGGCACUAUUAUCCCAAUGAGACUGGAUGUCACCCGCGAGGAUGUGCUACGUGAAGCCACCGUUGCCAUGGGCGCGCACUUGAAUGCCGACGAGAGGGGUAUUGCGGCCGUUAUAAACACCAGUGGCAGCGUCUUCCGGGGCAAGGUUGAGUCCCAGGAUGUCCAACAGUGGGAACACAUGCUUAAGACCAAUAUCCUGGGCACACUGCGUGUGGCCAAGGCCUUUGUGGGCUUCCUGCGUCCAACACGUGGAAGGCUUCUAUAUUUGGGAGGCGGAGGAGGAAGUGGAGCUGCUCGAACAGGUGGCGAUGGCCUGGUGGCUUUUAAUGCCUCCCGCGUGGCAGUGGAUAAGUGCGCCGAAGAGCUGCGCAAGGAGUUGCAGCCCUACGGCGUCAGCGUGGUGGCUUUGGACACUUGCGGCAUGACCGCGGAGUCAUUGUACAAGGCCCCAGUGGCGCAGACCAUGUCGUCCACUGCUGGAGCUCCCACACAGUAUACGGCGGACGUGCUCAGUCCGGGAUCCCUGCAGGUGAUCGAGCGGGCGUUGUGGGACUUUGCCCCGCAACAACGCUAUCCGCUCCUGAGCCACAACAAGUACCAAUUCACGUUGCCAUGCCGCUCCUCGCUGCGUCUCCAAAGACCCGUAGCUUCACCCGUCGGCGAAACAGCCACUCAGUCGGUUUGAAAUCCACCACCUUCCACUUCCUGUAUAUAUGCUCCUGAUCCUGAUCCUGAUCUUGAUUCCGAUCCCCGUCUCUUGAACUUAUCCCGCUCCAGAUACUGUUCUCUGUUUUAUUCUAUCUGCAAAUUAUUUUUGUUUGAUGAUAUUUCUUCCUUUAGGAAGGCCUUUAUAAUAAUAUUUUAUACUCGUUUUUGUACACACUGCUAAGGUGUAAUUAAUGGACAUUGUACGUAAUGUUGCGAUAUAUGAAAAAAUAAAUCUUUGUGCUAAUCUA